CAGGGGUACCUUGAAUAGUUUCUCUUGGGUUAUGGAUUAUCAAUUUGAUAAAUACUGUACGGAAUAACAUUUGAAAUUUUCGUACUCACAGAGCUGAAACGCUUGCACCAUAAUACUUCGCAGAGCAGGUAGUUAUAUCAUGACAGGCAAAGUGAUAACACCCGAAAAAGAGCAGAAUGUGAUAACACCGAUAGAGAUUUUAAAAACAGAAAUCGUGUUUCACCAGCUGAUCAUAAUGGAAGUCUCUUGGACAUAAAAGACCAUAAUUCACGUGUGAUUUCACGAGGACAAAUUUUUCACACUGUAAACCACCAUGGUGUCAAUGUCGACCUUACCCGCGGACGCGCGGUUGCGGAAUUUCAUCUCUAACGGAGACCCCGACACUGACCCUUUUCAAGGACACAGUGCAGAGAGCAAUAUCGAAAUUCCAGAGGAGAUAUGCGACUUGGCGGUAGACUACUACGGAAAGCGACUCGCCGUGGCUACUCCAUCAGCAGUUCUCGUGUAUCAAAUCGCAGCAGCUGGUUCUGCAUCUGGGGACAUCCUGUCGAAAAUCGCGACAGGAACAGAUGACGCAACACUUCUAGCAAGACUCGAAAGUCCAGACGUAUAAGAUUUGAUUUCUCGAUCUUGAAGCUUUGCCGUACAACAAUUUCGACUUGUUGAUUAUUCGAAGUAUCCAUUUUCAUUUUAUCGUGAAGAGCAUUUGCUUUGUCGCAAUUCUGACUCCAUAUUAAAUGCUUCUGUUUUAUUCCUACUCUGUGCUUGAUCUCCUUCUUACAGAUUGCCGGUCCCCUGCAGCAAAUAGGCUGGUGUGACCCGAGUCAAGGAAGUAUGAUAGUCGCCUGCGGUCAGUGCGGCAGCGUAGUUGUGUAUCGCGAGACAUCGCCGCGAGGCUUUUCUUUGGCAUGGAAGGAAAAGAUUGAAGGUGCCGCGACCUCUGUGCAAUUUGGUCCUAAGGAGUUUGGUAUGCUUUCCAUUGCUGUGGGUUCAACAAGUGGUCUUGUGACGAUUUUUGACAACAGCGGUGGGUCUCUAGCACGCACCGGCGUGCUGAAAGCGCACCUGAACGGUGUUUCGUCGCUCUCUUGGUCCACGCCUAUUUCCCCUGCCACGUUGGCGUCUGGACCCGCAGUGCAAUCUGGGUACUUGAUGCCGGCCAACGCACCAAGACGGCUGGUCACCGCCGGCUCCGACUGCAACGUAAAAGUGUGGAGAUACCACAGCGAAGAUAAGAAGUGGGUUGAAGAAUGUGCGUUGCCCGGAGGAGACGGGAUCGUAGCGGAGGACACAACGCCGGCUGAGCACCGUGGGCCGCUCCCGGAUGGCGGCGCCGAGCGUCCGGAGGGGCCACCAGCACUGCCCUCACACGACGCAUGUGUGAGAGCAGUAGCUUGGCGACCGAACGUUGGUAUUCCCAGCAAUUUUCUUGCGUCCGGCGCAGAGGACGGCUCUUGCAAAAUCUGGGUGCAGGAGAUGGAGGGCCAACCAUGGCGCAAGGCGUCCGAGAUUAGGCACGACACUCCAGUGUACCGCGCGCACUGGUCUGUGACCGGACUGUGUCUUUGCCUUUCGAUUGGCGACGAAGCUGUGUGUAUCUACAAGCAAAGCGCUAGUGGAGAGUGGUUGCGCGUUGAUGGCACCCAAUCAAUAGAAGACUAAGUCUCCUUUGAGACAAGACCACAACUCUUCCCCUUUUCAACAGCUUCUCGGCAGUUGUUCUGAAUGUUACACCCAAGACCUCCCUUGAUUGUUUCUUCCUCGAAGAGGGUUGACAAAAUAUUAUGACAGAGAGUUGUACUAUAUAUGUACACGACCUUUCAACCCGCCAAAAUAUCAGGAUGUCUUUCCCGCUCGUUGCUCGUCAGCAACCUCUCGCUUUGCUAACGUCAGAACGCCCCUGUCCAAUUCCAGAAAAGGUUCCAUAGCGCCUCAAGAUAAUCUGAGGGAAAUAUUAAACCGAGGAAGCAAAAGUGGAGCUGGAGCUUUCCACCUGUGUCUCCGGUACCAGCUGCAGGCUUGUUCAUGAUCUUUAGACGAAUGCAAAGCACUUGAUUGCACAAUGACUGAAGAGGAGAGUGGAGCGAAUGGCCGCUGUUGAGCGAAUGUGAGUCUUGAUUUUCCGAAAAGAUGACGAAUUGCCAUCUUGUCUAAUCCUGCUCUUAGUUCUUUUCAUUUGAAGAGAAUGAGACGCUUUGCCAAAAAUCUGUACCAGUUGAAUGCGAUUGAGUCAUGAUUAUACUGAUUGAUGCUUCAAUCAUUAUCACCGAAGAAAAAA